UCUGAUCGCCCAGCCCACUUUCAUAAGAGAGACUCAGCCCCACACACACACACCAGCCAGAAGCCCAGCAAACAGGCAGACACACACACACUCAGCUUGAGUGACCAGCUGUAAGACACACAGCACAGGCAGAGAAGGACACAACCCAGCCCAGAGCUCAGGAUGGACGUUCUGAAGAAGGGAUUCUCCAUCGCUAAGGAGGGAGUGGUGGCAGCAGCCGAGAAGACCAAGGCUGGGGUGGAGGAGGCCGCUGCCAAAACCAAAGAAGGGGUCAUGUAUGUGGGUACAAAGACAAAGGAGAAUGUGGUUUCAAGUGUGAACACAGCUGCCCAGAAGUCGACUGAGCAGGCGAAUCUUGUGGGAGAAACAGCAGUAGCCGGAGCCAAUCAGAUAUCGGAGAAGACCGUGGAGGGUCUGGAGAGUGUGGUAGCAUCUACUGGACUGGUAAACCCGGAGGAAAAGCUGAACACUGAGGUGCUAGCAUAAACUGAAACAUUUAGCAUGGUGUUAUGCUUGCUCUAAUACCCAUCUUAAUACACAUAAAACCAUUUCAUUCAUGCUUUAAAAGAACUUACACUGACAUGCCAAAAAUUAAGGGAUAGCAGUGAGUACCCGGCUAACAGAAAACUUUAUCAGAAUGUUUAGCAACAUUUUAAAAAGGUUCCUGGAAGGUUUGCCUGUAACAUUACAAAAAGAAUGUUCCAGGAAAGUUAAGAAAAAUCAUUCUAAAAUUGUUAACUGUAAUGUUUAAAAAUUGUUCUACUAGCUAAUAAUUGUUAGCUGGGUAACACUUCAUGAUCAUUAAAGUGAUGGCUGGAGAAAGCCCACACCUGUGUAAGUUGUAAGGUGCUAUCUUGUGAAUGAGGUAGAGCUUAGAUUCUCUGCACAAACUUGAUGGGUCAGGCUCAAGAAAAUAAUCUGUGACGUAGGCAUCUGUUUUUAAUUGCUUUUUUAUUUUACAUAAAGCUGUAUUGUGAUAAUCACAAUACAGCAAAGUAACAAAUAUAUACAAACAUAUUAAAUUAUAUUAGAUUAGAGGAACGGCAUUCAGAGAUCAUUCUUGUAGCCUAAUUUACCAUGGUUUAGGCCUGUAGAUCAUUGUGCGCAUUGUUCAUCUGUUCUUAAUAAACAUUUUUAUUAAAUAAUAGGUCUAUUCAGUGUUGCAAUGGUAAAUAAACAUCAUUCUGAACAGAUUUCGCUCAUUCAAACAGCCCGAAAAUGUUUUUAAAGGCUCAGUUUUAACCCUUGUGUGGUGUUCAUAUUUUUGUUACUCAAUUACUUUGUUACUUGUAUUUAAUUCAGCAAAAUUAAGCAAUUUUACAUUAAAAUGCUUUACACAUGCUUGCUUCACCUAAAUUGCAAGCAAUAUAAACAGCUUACAUGGUUAAUAUUAGCCCUUUACCUUUCUUAUGUUACAUUUCUUUCAAAAAGUGCUACUCUUUUAUUAUUUUUUUAAUAAAAUGUAAAAGAAAAUGAAUUUAACUCAAGAUAUGAGUAAAAAAAAUUUUUUUAGUUUCAAAUUUACAAAUGAAGCAAUGUUUAUUAGCCCUUGACCAAACAUACUGUGUGUAAUAUAAAUGGUUAGGGGGGGUGGGUGGUGUACAUUGUGUGUUUAUCGAAAAUGUGUUUUGAUAUAUGUUUUUCACAAAAAAUGAGCCAAUGCCAAUGAGUUUGAGUUAGAAAAAAUAUUGUUUUAGUAUCAUUUGAUGAAAAAUGAAAUUGGGUCCCACAGACCCGAACACCACACAAGGGUUAAUACUCUACUUACUAAAAAAAGUGGAGUUUAAUUCAGGCUCGUGCUCAAAAAGUGUAUGGGGUGGGUCGGGUCAGGUCGGGCUCGGGCAGAACGUGCACACAUAUCUCACAGGUCAGUGCUGCAUUCUUUAGCUUGCAUGGAGAAUGGCAAAAACUAUGGGACAAAAUAUGCUACUAAGAAAUUUGGCAAGGAUUUGUACAAGGCCGCUGAGCAAUGAAAAGCAAAUGAUAGUUUUUUUUUUCUCAAUAAAAUGAGAUAAGUAUAGUCGGAUGACUUCACUCAUGAAGCAACAAGGAGCUUUUUACAAUUCCCCUCGUGUCUCCCAAGCACCCAGUCUGAGUUCACAGUCUGGCCUGGCAGAAACACUUGGACAAAGGUAACUAACCACAGGCAGUUUAUUAGACAGAGUCUUGACAGCACUGUUGAAAGCCCUGUUUUAGCAUGGCUGGAAUCCGGCUAUGUUUGUUUUUGAGGUGCAGUUUGUCAGCCUACUAUUAAUUGUCUGCACAAAAUUAAGAAAAAAUGUUAUCAGGUUACAUGCAAUCAAGCAUAAAAAAUACAAAACAUUAAAAAAGUUUAGGGCAGUUUUUUUUUUGCCAGGAGUGCCACAAAUGUUUAGUCUUAGGGGGUAAAGUCUAAUAUUUGGAUAUGGACUGAGGUUCAACAAGACAAAAGUAAUUAUUUGAUACAUAGAGAAAUUAAAGGACUAACUAUACAGUAGCUAAAGACUUGGUGCCAGAUAACAGAGAACACCUUCAUGAUACCUAUAUAAUUUGAAUGGUCUGAUCUGAUGUGCUGGCACAAGGGAGACCUACUUAAUAUUAGUCAGGUGGUACUAAUGCUAAUGUUAUGGCUGGUUGGUGAAUUUUUAUUUAAAUACUUAAGUAUUUAAGUAUUUUGCAUUUAAAGCUUGCUGCCUUCUUCAUUUUAACUCAUAUUUCAAAUGUUUUUUUACAGCCAGCUUCAGGCAUUUGCAUCCAACUCACGCCAAACUGCCAAUGGACUUUGUAACAUUAUGGGCUUAAACAUGAUGGCAUUCAUAUUGCUUCCUUACAGUCAGGUACACUAAGUGAAAAGAAACAACAACCUAAAGUGGUAUCAUGCCAAUCCUAUUCGAUACUACCUAGCCUAGCUCUGUUACAGAAUUGAUAGCAUUUUCCUCCAAGUGUUAAACUUCAUCUAGUAUCAAUGUGAUAACGGAGAGUUAGAAUCGUACCAUAGAGAAAACCUAGGUAAUAAAACUGGGUACAGUAGCAGAACCUAAAACAGAACUAUAACUAUUUAUUACUUAGUAAAAUGUAAAAGUGGUCAUUUGAAAUAUUACUUGAGAAAGUUUUCAAAGUAAAUACUUUGAUUGGUCAAUGCAUUUGAUUGGUCAAACAAAAAGAAAAGUAAAAGAAAAAUGUAUUUAAGUACAUUUUUUUAAAUAUACUUAACAUGGAAAAGUACAUAAUUUUUAAAAUUAAAAUACAACUUAAAUACAUACUAAAUGUUCUAUUUUGGAACAACUUAUGGCAACCUAAGUAUAUUUAAAUUGUAAUUGAGCUAUAUUUAAACACAACAUAAAAGUAUGUGUUUUUAAACAGCUUUUUCAAUACACUUUAAGGAUUUUAUAAAUGUACUAAUUUGCGUAUUGAUGCAUAUAUUGUGUACACCUUCUGCAAUGCUGCUGGAAAAAAAAACACUAAAUUACACUUUAAACAGUAUUUAAUGCCACUAUAUAUACAGUAUUACAGUACUUUCAACACAAGGUAUAAUUUAAAGCAUGGCUUAAACAUACAUUUUAUGGAAAUACAGAGAUAUUUAUAUGUGCAUUUUCAUAAUGUAUAUUAAAUUAAAAAUGUACUUUUAGUAUUCUUUACCUAAUUUGAACAUACUUUAAUGCUCUUAAGUAUACCUCCUUUUCACAAGGGUCUGGAUAAAGCAACAAAAAGGUGCAUCGAAUUGCUUUUAAAUAUAACAGGAGGAACAGAGAUUAAUGUAACUGAGUAAAAGUAAACUCUUGACAUGUAAAAGUGCAAUAUACUCUCUAUUAAAAGAACUCAAAUUUAUUUUAUAUGCAUACCAUGUUAAAACAUAGUUCUCCAAAAGCUCCUGAGUAAAAACAAAGAUUGUUUUUUCUUGAGUCUUAAAUAGAUAUUUGUCUCUAUGAUGGAACACUACUUUUAGUCCAUUUGACUUUUUGUAUUCCUUUUUGCUUAAAGUGUACCUGGUUGUAAGGAGGCUUUUGGGUCUUAUAUGAGAGUGUAACUCAUCAUUUGAUGAUGA